CUACAGUUCUUACGGAAGAAGCACCUCCAAACACAGAUGGCAGACGACAUCAAUUGAAGUCGUCCCGAUUAAAUUUAUUUGACCUUGUUUAGUGAAAAAUUUGAUGUCAGACAGUGAUUUAACCAAUUUUUGGUGUAACUUCUAUUUAACUGUCGCCUCGUAUCACUAAAAAAGCUCAUUUUUGCUUCGAACAAGGUUUUGUUUAUUUCAAAGGAGGUUAUGGCUACUACUUCAAUGGCCAUGGAGCAAUCUAAAGAAGUUGACAUUUAUCGAGACACGCCUUUGAGAUUCGUGGGAUAUACAAAUGAAGUAGGUGAAGCCUUUCGACCUCUCGUUCACAAGAACAUUGUCAAUUUGAGCUACGCAGCAGCAUUUAUCUAUGUUUUAGCUGAUGUUAGAGAUAAAGCUAUUAAAAUGAAACAGUCUCUUUCGAAUACGGACCACUCUCCUUCAUCGGUUAACAAAAAAGUUGUUAUAGCAGGUGCUGACACACUUCUUUGGCAGACAUUAGCGUCCGUUGCAAUACCAGGAUUUACAAUCAAUAGAUUUUGUGCUGUAAAUUACUUUUUGUUAAAAAAUUAUGCAAAAAUCCCUAAACCUACCCGUAAGUAUGUAACAACAGCUUUAGGCCUACUGUGUAUUCCAUUCAUCGUCCAUCCAAUUGAUGAAUUCACAACAUAUGCUAUGAAUAAUACAAUUAGAAAGUUGUAUUUUAAGGAAUAGAGGAAUAUCUUCCACGUUGUUUGCAAGAAUAGAGAUCUAUAAUGACAAUAUUUUAACAGAAACAGGGAAUCUCACUGCCAUACAACAGUCCAUAGCUAGAAACCUAGAAUGCUGAUUUUCAUGUCUGCUCAAGAACUUUAGGCAUGGAUGAUUUAGUUGUAUCUGAGUACUGAAGUCAAUGUGUUCUUAGAAAUAAAUUUUAGUGAAGUAGAAUAUUGUGUAAGUGCAGAAGUAAGGUUUCAGGUAGUAACAUUCCUUAUCAUAGUUUCUGUGAUUGUUUUAGCUUGUAUCUUGCAUGGUUGACGUUUAAAUAUAAAAUUUAUGCAAA